CGCUUCAACCAGCAAUUUUGUGCUGGGCUGAAAAUUCCUGCAGAACGCAGAAAAGAGGAUAAACAAUUAGGGUUUUUCAAAUUCAACACAUCUUCGUUUUCCACUUUAGGACUAUAUUCCUGCUCAUAUUGUUGCCUUACCCUCCAAUUGCAAUUCGAACAGGAGGUUGUUGAAUUCUCAUGCACAAUUGAAAUUGGCAAAUGAGUGAUGCAAAAGAAAACGAGGAAGCUGGCCAAGGCGUACCCUUGGUCAUGGAGGAAAACCAGCAGUUGGUUGAUGCAAAGGCUCAAGUUCAACCUGAAGCUGCCUCUGCUCCUGAUACAGUAGAGGACACUUCGGAUCAUGUUGAAAGUGGGUCAAAUCAUGUUGAAAAUUUGAAGGAAGAGCCACCUGCUGAGGAUAAAAAUGUGGAACUCGAGGCUGUUUCUGAGGGAAUUCCACAAGAGGAUGUUCAAAAUGCUCUACACUCUCUUCCAGUAGAGGCUGAUGCUCAGAUUUUGAAUAGGAACGAGUGUGAAGAAGCUUCUGGUGCGAAGUUGGAUGCUGAAGAACUUCCCCAGAGUAAUAAGGAUGUUGAGAAUAAUGAUAAUACUUGUCAAAAUAGUAUUGGUGAUGUUGAAAUGGCUGAGGAAGUGAAGCCUGAAGCCUGUGGAGUGAUUGAUGGUAAAACUUGUGAUAAUGGCAACCCCAUGCCUGCAAGUCAUAAUGAGCCUGCUACACCACAACCUGCUCUUGCUGACACAAACACCGAAAUUAUGAAUGUAUUAGAAGUUGAAAAUAAGGCUGAUGAAAAGCAAGCUACCGAACCCGCAGAUAAUGGGAAUUCAAACUCAAAGCACAUGUUUUUCUUGGAUGCUGACCAUUCCUAUGAUGGUAAUGAGUCAGGAACAGAGGAGGAUCAGUCAGCAUUUAUGAAGGAGCUUGAAAACUUUUUUAGGGAGAGGAGCAUGGAAUUCAAACCUCCCAAGUUUUAUGGAGAAGGACUAAAUUGCCUUAAGUUGUGGAGAGCUGUAACGAGAUUGGGUGGCUAUGAUAAGGUGACUUCAUGUAAGUUAUGGCGGCAAGUGGGCGAGUCUUUCAAACCUCCGAAGACAUGCACCACUGUCUCAUGGACUUUUCGGGGAUUUUACGAAAAGGCACUUCUUGAUUAUGAAAGACAUAAAAUAAAGGGUGGUGAACUGAAUGUGCCUAUUGCUUCUCAUCCAGAGCCUAUAAAUAUUGAAAAUCAGGCUUCAGCAUCAGGUAGAGCCCGGAGAGAUGCUGCAGCACGGGCUAUGCAGGGUUGGCACUCUCAACGUCUUCUAGGAAAUGGUGAAGUUAGUGACCCUAUAAUUAAGGAUAGGAAUACUGUGGCUGUGCAAAAGCGUGAAAAGCAGCUUAAAAGCAUCAAUUAUGUCAAACGUAAGAAACAAUCAUCACCUUACAUGGAUAAUUCCGUCAAAGCUGCACGCACUAAACCAUCUAAACCACAAUUGGAUACAACUGUGAUUGAUAUUGGACCUCCUGCUGAUUGGGUAAAAGUCAAUGUACAAAAAACUAAAGAUUGUUUUGAGGUAUAUGCUUUAGUUCCUGGCCUUCUGCGGGAAGAGGUCCGUGUACAGUCAGAUCCAGCAGGACGCUUAGUCAUAAGUGGUGAGCCUGAGCAUCCCAACAAUCCUUGGGGUGUGACACCUUUCAAAAAGGUUGUCAGCUUGCCCGCAAGAAUUGAUCCUCAUCAGACUUCUGCAGUGGUGACACUGCAUGGGCAGUUGUUUGUUCGUGUCCCAUUUGAACAAUCAGAAUAGUGGUCGCAUAUGUUUCAUGCCUAUCUCUUUGACCACGAUAUGUAGUAUUAGUAUAGUUGACCCGGAAACCAUUUAGAAGAUAUAUUUCUUCCUGUAAAACUCAUCCCAAUUUCUAGUUUAGUGUAACAUUUAUUUCAUGUUUGAGUUCACUUAAAAAUCCUCGUAAAUGAUUUUCUCAAACAAUACUACUUAACCUUGUUAAUAUGAGCUAGGUAGGAUUCUGUAAUUGCCGAGGAUCAAUGUUGUAAUAUAGGAAUUUGGAUAGUGAGAUUUCAUUAAACUUUUGAUCUUUUAUAUGUUGCUUAA